UUUUGGAUAAUUCGAGUUGGGAAAGAAGUUAGUGGCCGUGUCUUCAAUGGAACCCCCCCAAAAAUUGUGGAUCCCAGAAGGAGGACAGUGGAGAGAGCGGUUUGGAUCAGUUUAGUGCAAAGGUGGAUUUCUCUAGAGGUUGCUCGAAGAAAAAACAGACGCCAAACUGCGAGUGGUGAACGUGCUCCGAAUCACCUCAUCUCGCACCUCCCGCCUUACAGAGAAACAAAUGUAUUGUAACUUGAUAAAGUAUUUGAAUCAAUUUCCUAAAAAAUAUGUGUGUAAAUUGUAUAUAUUUUUAAAGGCCUCCG